UGGAAAAAGUAAUAAAUCUUCUAAUAAAAUUGAAUCUGAAAAUAAAACAAAAUAUAAGUUUAAGCCUGCAAAAAUUGAGAAUAAAAAUAAUAUUGCAAUUAAAGACUUUAAUGAUAAAAAGACAGUAGAAUCAAAUUUUUUAGAAGAAUUUAGUCAAUUAUUAGAUAUAUGGAUAGUAAUAUCAGCUAAGAAAACUAAAGUAUUGGCUAAUAUAGAAGCUGAAGAAGAUAAUAAAGAAAUAUCUUUAUUAGUUGGUUUAGUUGGUAAUAUUAUUUAUCUAGCAAUUGACUCUAAAGCCAAAUAG